ACAUACAAGUCGGCCAUAUUAGAGAGAUGGAAAUAAAGCUUCCUUAAUGUUGCAUAUGUCUCUGAAGUACAUCCGUGCAUUUUCUUUUUUAGCAUCUAACCAUUCCUCCCUUGUGGUCCUUGGUUCCUCAAUCACCCUUUCCCACAACCCACCCGCCUAACAUCACAGUCUGAAAAUGCACAGGGAUGCCUGGCUACCUCGCCCUGCCUUCAGUCUCACGGGGCUCAGUCUGUUUUUCUCUUUGGUGCCCCCGGGGCGGAGCAUGGAAGUCGCAGUGCCCACCACUCUUAGUGUCCUCAAUGGGUCCAAUACCCGCCUGCCCUGUACCUUCAACUCCUGCUACACCGUGAACCACAAGCAGUUCUCUCUAAACUGGACUUACCAGGAGUGUAACAACUGCACAGAGGAGAUGUUCCUCCAGUUCCGAAUGAAGAUCAUUAACCUGAAGCUGGAGCGGUUUGGAGACCGCGUGGAGUUCUCAGGGAACCCCAGUAAGUACGACGUGUCAGUGACUCUAAAGAACGUGCAGCUAGAAGACGAAGGCAUUUACAACUGCUACAUCACCAACCCUCCCGACCGCCACCGCGGCCACGGCAAGAUCUACCUGCAGGUCCUUCUAGAAGUGCCCCCAGAGCGGGACUCCACGGUGGCAGUCAUAGUGGGUGCCUCAGUGGGGGGUUUCCUGGCUGUGGUCAUUUUGGUGCUGAUGGUGGUCAAAUGCGUGAGGAGGAAAAAAGAGCAGAAGCUGAGCACGGAUGACCUGAAGACUGAAGAGGAAGGCAAGACGGAUGGUGAGGGCAACGCGGAAGACGGUACCAAGUAACCAGAAACCUGCCCUGAAGCCCCCUCCCUGUGCCCUGCCUCCUCUCACUUUCUGCCCUGUACCGUGUGACCCUGCCUGCUCUCUCUUGGUGUGCUUCUCUUGAAUAGGACCCCAGUAUCGACCUGGGGCCUCACUUCCCAUGCCCCCGCCCCUAUACCAAGGGUGGUCGUCCUCCCUUUCAUCUGAAAACUGCCUUGGCAUCUGAGAUACGGGAGUCCCAGGGAGAACAGAGAAGGGCUCUCUAAUCUGUCAGUCUUUGAGGAAGAAAGAUUUGUGUGGUCCCAAAGACAGGAUGGGAGAGAGAGGGCAGCGGGAGAAGAGGUCGGCUGACCGUCUUGUCUAGGGCUUGGUCUGGUGGCGGUUUAAACUGUGGGAGUAGCAGUUUGUGUGUGGUGGGGGGUUCUGUGCUGGCCAGAGGCACCAUGGGAAUGACUUGUGAGGAUGGCUGCUCCUAUCCCGGAACAGCCAUCAGCUGGAGAUGAAGGUGGAGUCCUACCAUUUGUGAAAGCACUAUUUAAAGGGAUGACUGUGCGUUUCCAGGGUACUCAAGGAAAGAUAGGGCUGAGGCAUUUUUUGGACGUGAGCCUUGGCCCAGAGAACUCUGUUCUGGCCUCGUUUCUAUCACUAGCCACUCCCACAGAGGCUCUGGUUACUGUGGGCUACUGCUCCAUGGGGGAUGCUGUCCUUAGGUAGGAUCCUAUCCUACCCUAGGGCUGCCCCUUAAGAGACCUGUGAGGGGCUGACGGUGCGGGCUUUGCCGUAUACACAUGGCUGUCUUCUCUUGGCCACAACCAGCAGCCGUCAAGCCUCAGAACUGGGGUGUGUUUGGGGGGAGUGGAGCUGUGUAUAGGGGCAACUUCCUGCAGGGCUUUGGUUUGGGGAUUUCCUAGUUGCUCUUGGCAGGAAUUCUCUGCCUGGCUUUCCGCAAGAUGGAAGAGAAGGCCGGGAUGCAUGAAAUAUGAGGGCAUGCUGAAGGAGCCUCUGAACCCUGCCCCACCCCCAACCCCACCCCGGAACUCCCUUUGUAGGGGAGAAAGUCACUCCUUUGGGAAGCCUACAUUCACUGCCGUUUUACUAUCAUUAUAAGAAACUUGUUAUAAGUCCAGAGAUGGGAGAAAGGCAGGGUAGAAAUGGCUAAUUGGAGAGGAUCCUGUUGGGACAUGCUCAGAGAACUGACACAGAGCCUCCUGCAGAUGGGGACACUAAAGUUCCAAGUGACCGACAGAAGCUGAAAGCAUUGCCCAUGUUCUGGCUCCUUGGUCACCAGUUAGAAUAAAUAGAGCUUCCUGGUGGGAGAGCCUCAAGCCUUGGCGGUGUUUGUGCACCAGUAGUGGUGGGGUUCAUCUAGCCCCUCUCUGCUUCCAGGAACUCAGCCCCUACAAGCUCAGGGAGUUAGCUGUUCAGGGUAGGGAAAGAGUGUGGUAGGAGACAGGACCAAGACAGUCUCAGGGACCAAUACUUGCCUCAGAUAGCCACUCGAAGAGACAAUGGUGGCUGAUGGAAAGUUCAGCUUAAUUCACUUCAAUCCAACAACCAUUUACUGAGUUUAUGCUGUAUGCCAGGCACCAUGCCGGGUUUCAGGGGUGCCUACAAAGCCAUAACAGAGUCAGGGACUGCCAAAUCUGUACUAUAGGACCAAGAUUAUUAUUAUUAUUAUUAUUACUAUUAUUAUUAUUAUUACUAUUACUAUUAUUAUUAUUUUGGUGCAUCUACUUUCACCACCAUAGCCACUGCUUCCACAAGAGAGUCAGCGGUUGAGACUCUUGAAUCUGAGGUUUGGGAAAGUGAAGGUGCCAGGGAAGGGGGAAGGGACUGCUGGGAAGGGUGUAGGGGUCAGGUAGGUUGGGCACGGAGUAGGGAAUGGUUAACUAGCCAGAGAGCGCCUGGGUAAGGGGAAUCUGACCCUUCUGGAAGUUCUAAUCUCUUUGGCUCAGUACCUUACUGCCAAACAACACACUGCCAAUGGGAGUGGGAGAGACCACCGGGUGCCUGGAGCAGGUGAACACUGCCCAUCCUUCAAGCAAGCCAACGAGGAGUAGAGAGAUGAGCUGUGGGCUCCCCAAGCCGGCUGAAACCAAGGGUGGUGGUGCAUAUAUAGUUCUGCAGCUUGGAGUGGCCAGUUUUCAUCACCUGGCAUGUGCCCUCUUCUUCCACAGUGCACAGACAAGGGACUUGGCUUUUGCGGUCCGGUCUCCUAACAUUUUUGGGGGGGUGGGUGGUGGUUACUUGUGAGAUUUCCCCUACAGGGUUGUACUAAUAAGCUGCCUCUUAAAGAAAUAAAGUUUCUCGGGGUCUUUUUCUUUUCUGCCCUGAUGGGAUGGGGUCCAGGGAAAGCAAUGGCUGCCUCUGGACCUCAUGGGCUGGGGCAGGAGCCAUUUCUGCCCCAGGUAUUUGCCCUCAUGUGCAUUUGCUUUUGGAGACACUUAGACCCUCCUCCAGGGUCUCUGGGCUUGCGCUUGAGAACAAAACUUGGCUUCUGUGAGGUGGGGUGGGAAACUGUGAGAUGUUCCUACAGGAGCCGUUGCUCAAGCUUGCUUCUUAGCUUAUGCCUGCAAACUGCUCUCUUGCUGCAGUGUGGGCUCCGAGCUCUGCUCCUCGCUGAAUGCUCCCACUACUGUGCUCUCAAUCUCUCCUGCCUCUCCUGCUCUCCCAGAAGCCCCUCCUCACAUCCCCUCUGCCUCUGCCUCUGCCUCUGUCUCUGCCUCUGCUUCUGCCUCCUAAUUAAGGGCCACUGCAUAGAAAGGCUGGCUGGCUAACCUGCGGGAUUCAGCUCAUGAGAACAAAGUGCAAUAUUUCAGGACUGAAAGUGCCUUGCAGUGCCUUGGAACUGGCUUUGGAAAUAGCUGUCUGCCCCUCCAGCUGCAGGCAGACUCAUCAGCUAGUCCCCCUUUAUCAAAUGAGAAAAGCUGAUUGGAUCAAUGUUUCCCCGUGAGUCUCCCUGGGAAAGUUGGACUGCUACAUACAUACAAGAUCAGGUUAAGCAUAGAGACAGGUGGAAAUACCAACCAGGUCCAAAGAAGUUAAUCCCAGGCCAUAGGAAUGGCUUGCUGCAGUUGGAACGGGUGACAAAUUAAGAGAACUUUUUUCCUACAUAUGUCUUAAGAAUAGACAGCCUUGCUGUGCCUCCUGCGAUGUCUUCCUUUAUUGACGCUUGCUGAUGCGAUUGUACAUAGCCUUUCUAUAUAGGUAGAGAUAUAUUAUAUAUAUAUAUAUAUAUAUAUAUAUACAUAUAAAACAUCUCACUAUGCCCGCCCCAAAAGUUACACUGUGGGGUGGAGGGUGUAAUCACCGCUCAGUGUUUCCAAGUACCAAAGGUUCAUCAUGGAAUGUUCUUUCUGCUAAUUUUUAGGGGAGAACCCAGCUGCAUACAUAGCAAGUGCUUAAGCAGGUUUAGGUUCUACCUCCUGUUUGUUGGUUGGGAGGGGAGAGAAGCUUAAACAAAUGGCCUUCUGUGACCCGGCUGCGGGAGCAGGCUGGAUUUCUACAGCAGUUUGUCGGAUUGCUUGGAUCUAUUGGCUGCAAUAAACACACUGUC